UAUGAUUCUUUAAAAAAAAUAUCAAACUAUUCAAAAAUAUAUUCAUAUGGACACUUAGCUUGGCAUUCCAUACUUAGUCAUACGGUGGACUACAAUUUUGUGCGCUUUUGAUUGACUUUUCGCCAGUUCUGAAGUUUUCAUGAUGGCCUCCUCUGCGUUGAUUGUUGAUGGAAGCCUUAAAGAGGGGGGUGGACAAAUUCUACGUAUAGCUACUGCUUUGAGCUGCUUGUGCAAAAAACCCAUUACAGUAAACAACAUACGGGCCAACAGAAGUAAACCAGGAUUGAGACCACAGCACCUGAGUGGAGUCCAGCUUGUGAGUAGGGUCUGUGGAGGAGCAUUAAAAGGAGAUGCGGUUGGAUCAUCUGAGAUUACGUUCACUCCUGGAACGAUUGCAGCUGGUAGAUAUACAGCUGAUACAGGGACAGCCGGGAGUGUUGUACUCCUGAUGCAGGUUUCCUUUCCCUGUUUACUCUAUGCGUCGGGUGACACCCAUGUGACCUUAAAAGGAGGUACUAAUGCCGAGAUGGCUCCUCAGAUAGACUACAUGAACAUGGUCUUUCAGCCGAUUGCACACAAGUUUGGAAUCGACUAUGAUUGUAGAAUCGUUAGAAGAGGUUAUUUUCCCAAGGGAGGUGGUGAGAUCCAGGUAACAGCCAAACCAGUCCAUGACCUUUCACCUAUAAGCCUGACAGAGGUCGGAACGAUCACCAGAGUAAGAGGAAGAGCUUUUGUAGCUGGCACCUUGCCUAGGAAGCUAUCCCAGAUCAUGAGUAAUACAGCAAGCAGUGUCAUCAAGAAAGCUUAUCCUGGUGUAGAUGUUCAGGUUGAAUCGGUCCAGGAGCCGCACGGAGCAGCAUUUGGAAAUGGAUCAGGAAUCAUAGUUGUAGCAGAGACUAGUACUGGCUGCAGACUGGCAGGUUCUAGUCUUGGAAAAAGAGGUAAACAAGCUGAAGAUGUAGGGCGUGAAGCAGCAGAUGAAUUGCUGAAGAAUCUUCAACACGGAGGCUGUGUUGAUGAAUACCUACAAGAUCAGCUCAUCAUUUUCAUGGCGUUAGCAAAAGGUCAAUCCAGAGUGCGAACAGGCCCCAUCACACAACACACAGAGACGGCUAUCCACAUAGCAGAGCUACUUACUGAGGCCAAGUUCAGCAUAUCACCAUUAACAGAUGGUUCAGGAGAAGGAGCUAACAUGAUAGAAUGUACCGGUAUAGGUCUACCUAACAAACAACUCACUUGAACAUCAUCAUCAUCUUCUUCUCAUGCAUGCUAUAUC